AUGUAUUUGAUCCACAUCGUACGAUUCUCCCAUACCCUAAAAGAAUUGUUACAACAAAAAAAAACGACUAGGUCCCAAAUAUUAAUUUUUUUCUCUGUUGCUGAAUGGAAUCAACUUAUGUUUUCAAAAAUAAUCAAUAAUAUAGUAUUGAGUAAACUGAUCUUUGAUCAAGUUCAUUAUAUAUCUAAAUUGAAUAGUGAAAAGUCAUACAAAUGGAAUGAAGUUUUAAAAAAGCAACCACAAAUCUUGGCAAGUCAUGGCUAUUAUGACGAUAUAAAACAAUAUUUAGGUGAUCGUAAAAACUGCAGAUUUAGACUUUUCAAUGAUGAAUUAGUGUUUGUCAUCAUUAAACAAGGAAGUUUACAGAUGUUUGAAUUGGUCAUGGAGUAUCAACAACCGACAAAGAAAAAAGAUUAUCUAAACAGGCUAUUACAGAGAGCAGCGAGAUAUGGGAGAUUAGAUAUUUGUCAAUAUCUAUUAGACGAAUUCCCUUCAUACCGAUGGAACUACUAUGAGGCAAUUCAGUUGACACCUCUUUCCAAUAGUAGAGAGGUGUUGGAAUUCUUGGAGAGUAAAACUGAUCGAUCUAUGCUUGGCCACGAAUUACAAACAUUGAAUUGUGCUGCUGGUUGUGGUAGUUUGGAGAUGAUCAAAUGGUUGAUAGCUACGAGGUCGCCACCUUUGACCUCUUCCGAUAUGUUGAAUCAAGCAAUCAUUGGAAAUCAAAUGGAAGUGUUAAAGUACCUGAUUGACGAACAUUCACAACUGUUAAACCUUGACAAUACAAGUUAUCUUGUGAAUGCAGCUGGUUCAAGCCAACGAUUCGAAAUAUUCAAGAUGUUGUAUGAUUACGGUUGCAAGUGUCCAGAGAAUGUCGCGAAUGUUGCAGCCUGCUCUGGAAAUCUAGUGUUGAUCCAAUGGUUGAUUGCAAAUACCAGUUGCGAAAUCAAUGGCAAGUCAUUGGAAAUGGCUGCUGAGUAUGGACAUCUCAAUUUGGUCAAGUGGUUGGUGAGUAAUCAUUUGCAACCCGACGUCGGUUCACAACUACCAGUAAACAUAAUGAAUAGAGUAGCAUUAAGAGGUCACCUCGAUACAUUGGUUUGGUUGGAGAAUAAUACAUCGCAUCGCAUCGAUGAUAUCUUAGAUAUAGCGAAUAGAGUUUUAUAUUUGGGUUUUCCAAACAUGAUUCAAUAUCUCUGUGAAAUGAUCGAUAGAGAAGCAUCAAAAACAACAACAUCAACAACAUCAACAUCAACAACCGAGAACCGAUUUACAUUCACAGGACUGUUGGAAAUCGCUGUGAUGAGUUGUGAUUUGAACAUUGCCAAAUGGGCGUAUACCUUCUAUUCCGAUUCUGACAAUACUAUUGCAAUAGAAGGUAGAUUGGAAGAGAAAAUCAUACAUGCACUCACAAGAGAUAAAGUUAAGAUGAUUGAUUGGUUGUAUACCAACGUGACAGAGCAUCGUGGUUGGCUAAACAAAUGGCAGAAAUACAUUAAAACCGUGGUACAAUUAAAUAGCUACGAAUCAUUGGAAUGGCUAUUAGAUAGGAUCACUCUACCAGCGGAAUAUCAACAAGAGCUAUUGUCACAAAAAGAAACUAGUGAUCAUAAAAGUGAUGAUAGUUGUUGGUUUAAUCAAUGGAGAGAUCAAAUAAAUCUAAAAUAUAAUAUAAAAGCAAUAGAAGUAGAAAAUAUUAAUAAUAAUAAUAAAGAUAAUAAUUAUAAAUUAAGACAUAAACUAAAGAAAAAGAAAUAUAUCAAAGAGAAGAAGAAUCAAUUACUCUUAUUAAAUGAAACUAUUGAUGAAUGGCAACAAUUAGUCAGACAAAAUGAAAUAGAUAAUCAAAAUAGAAUAGAGUUAAAUAAUGUAAAGAGUAAUAGCAAUAACAAUAAUCAUAAUAGUAAUAAGAAUAAACAAAAUAAUAUAGAAAAUAGUGAAAAUAAUAGUAGUACUUUAUCGAUUUCAAGUACAUUGAAAUUACUUAGAAAUAAACCAAUUAGUAAUCAAACAACAAGUGAGCAUGUAGAAAAAGAAAAAGUAGAUCAAUAUAAUCAACAAUUUUAUAAUAAAUCAUAUCUUUCAUUUAAUGGAUUGGUAGAAACAGCCGGUGCCGUUCACACAGAGAUCGUCAGUACAGAUAUUACCAUCGUUACAAAUCACCGGUUGGUUUAUGCAGCCCACAGAUCGUUCACAGCUAUCGGUUGUACAUUGAUCGUGGUCAUUGCAAUUCUUCAGUUCGAAUACACACCCGGUUGCAUUGUCACAGUAAUCAAUGGUACAAGCAGACCAGUCGUCACAAACCACAGGCUUAUCAAGGCAGCCUUUAGCUUCAUCGCAAAAGUUUUUUGUACAAGCCAAACCGUCUUCACAACUCAAUAA